GUUAGAGUUUCCCCCGGUCUCCAGUAAAGUGGAGCAGCAGAAGAUCCAGCUCUGAUCAGCAGCUCCACACCUCUGUACUCAGACUGCUCUGCUGGAGGAACACCAUCAGCUCACCUGCUGCAGAAAUGAAUGCUGUCCUGUUCCAAGUCUUCUCUUGAACCCAGUGUCAACUUUUGUACCUGUAUGAAGUUUAGCUUCACAGAUACAAUCAAAAGAUUUCACAAAUAUAUUACGCUGCUGAAAGAAGGGGAGAACAUGGCAUCCAGAGAAAUCUCCAAUACUCAUCAAACACCCUCUUCUACACCUCACACACAAAUGCAGAAAAGUACAAACAAGAAGAAAAAUCACCACUGCUCAGACUGUGGGAAGAGUUUUAGUAAACAAUGUCAUCUCCAUGAACACCAGCGCAUUCACACUGGAGAGAGACCAUUUCAGUGCUCAGACUGCGGGAAGAGUUUUAAUUAUCACAUUGUUCUGCAGCGACACCAGCGCAUUCACACUGGAGAGAGACCGUUUCACUGCUCGGACUGUGGAAAGAGUUUUAUUACACAUGGUAACCUCAAAACACAUCAGAAUAUUCACACUGGAGAGAAACCGUUUCACUGCUCAGCCUGUGGGAAGAGUUUUAAGGAUCAAAGAAAUCUCCAGCAACACCAGCGCAUUCACACUGGAGAGAAACCAUAUUAUUGUUCGGAAUGUUGGAAGAGUUUUAGUCAACAGAGUACUCUCCAUCAACACCAGCGCAUUCACACUGGAGAGAAACCGUUUCACUGCUCGGACUGUGGAAAGAGUUUUACUCAACAGGGUAACCUCAAAACGCAUCAGCGCAGUCACACUGGAGAGAAACCGUAUCACUGCUCAGACUGUGGGAAGAGUUUUAAGGAUCAAAGAAAUCUCCAGCGACACCAGCGCAUUCACACGAAAGAAACCAGACUGUGCUCAGAGUGUGGAAAGAGCUUCACAUCCUCACACACAUUAAAGAGACACAGGUGCAUUAAGAAAAAAGUGCAGUGAUAAAUCUAAAACCAUUUCACAUAUUAUACCAUAUUCCAAAAUACAGGUUUCAAGAGAAACCUGUUCAUUUAAACCAUUUCUGUAGCAAAUUUGUAAACCAAAACUCCAGAAAGUCCAGCCUACUGUCCAUACAUUUAAGAUCUUCCCAACCCAAAUACUGUCAGCAGUGUUCCUACAGAAAAUCUUGAUGGAUGGAAUCCUGAAAGCCCAGGAAGAGUUUACUGUAAAUUACAUUGACGGUGUAGUGAUCUAUAGCCCCACAUGGGAAGAUCACUUGGUGCAUUUCAGUGGUGCUUCAGAGAAUUAGAGAGGCAAGACAGACCAUUUAAUGCUGCAAAGUGUAGCACACCUUAAAGAUGACUAUUUGCCUUGAUGAGGAAGCUGAAGUUCGAGGUGAUGGACAAGUAUUUUUCCAAAAGGGUAAAGGCAGUGCUAGAUGUUACUAGUGGUCACACAAAAUAUCGACACUUUAGUCACAAUUUAGACAAAUUCUGUGUGGAGUUUACUUACUUGUGUUGCCAGCUAUUUAGACAUUAAUGUCUGUGUUGAGACCAUAGACUGUGUAUAGCUAGACAGAGCAUCGUCUCUCAAAAGUGAAGCCACCAAAAAACAGACAACUUUCAAUCACGUUUUUCCCCAAAAUACUGUAAUUCUAUCUCCAUUAUUUAAAUGCAACAGCUAGUGUAACUUCUGCUUAUAUUGUCACAUUUGUAUAUCCCUACAGAAUUUGUUUUUUUAAUGUUAUUCAGCUCUAUUCAAAAAGGUAUGAUUGUAAUAAAAGGGCUGGGUUACACCUAGCCGGGGUGGGACUAAUGAAUGUAUGGGUCGGUUUCCGGAUUGCCAACGUGUCAGAAGAUUUCGGCUUUCUUUUUCAUUGAAUGAAAGGGAACGGCGACACGGCGUCCAUCUUUUUUACAGUCUCUGGUUGAGACAGAAGACCUAUACUGUUAUACAGGCUGUACACUGUGACUAUUCUAAGUCAUAUUCAAGUUUAAUUUAUAUAAUGUCUCUAGAAAAGAUAUAAUAAUGAAAUCUGAGGGGUGUAAUCACUUUUGUUGGACAUUGUUUGUGUUAUUUUGUUUUCAUUAUGUUAAUUGCUAGAUUUGUUGGUGCAAAAUUAUUCACCCUUUUUGUGUUAGUGCGGAGAGUGAAUAAGGUUCCUGACAGUUCGGUGCCAAUUUAAGAGAGAACUACUGCUUGUCUCAGGGAUAUUUCUGUUUCUCACUGUUGAAAUAAAAUUGCAAAUGGAA